UGAUUGGUUGGUUGUCACAAGGUUCUCGCAGCUACUACCCUCUCGUCUAUUAAACGAAGCUUUUGGUGUCGCAGGUCAGUUGCUAAAAAUGACGCUUUUAAUGCACGCGUGCUGUUUUUUACUCAAAAUCCUCACCCUCCCGCUGCAAGUUGCGGAGUCGGUUGGACUUUUGUCUUUCUACAAACGCGUCUUUCCUUUUAUGAUGUACAGAAUCACGUUCUCGUACAAUGGCAAAAUGAACGACAAGAAACGGGAAUUGUUUCAAAACUUGACUAAAUUCAACCCUCCGAACGGCCCUCUGCGGAUCUUGGAGGUGGGCUGUGGAUCCGGGGCGAACUUCGAGCACUACCCGACGGGCUGCAAGAUUAUAUGCACCGACCCCAACCCGCAUUUCCGGAACUACCUGGAGAAAAGUAUGUUGAAGAACGACCAUCUUGUAUAUGACAGCUUCAUAGUGGCGUCGGGGGAGAAUCUACAGGCGGUGGAGGAUAACUCAGUGGAUGCUGUGGUGUGCACACUGGUUCUGUGCUCUGUCAAGGACACCCCCAAAGUUCUCCAAGAGGCGAAGAGAGUUCUGAGGCCCGGUGGAGCAUUUUUCUUCAUUGAGCAUGUGGCUUCUGACCCCUCAAGCUGGACUUACUUUUUUCAACAUGUUCUUCAGCCAUUAUGGUACUAUUUUGGUGAUGGAUGUGAGACAACUCGUACUACUUGGAAGCACCUUGAAGCAGCUGGCUUCUCUGACCUGCAGCUACGACAUAUCCAAGCCCCUCUUAUUUUCAUCAUCAGACCACAUAUUGUGGGUUAUGCUGUCAAAUAAUGAGAAUUAAUUUUGCUAAAAUUAAAAACUAUCUCAAGCAAGUGUUCUUUUCUAUUUCAACAUCUUUUAAAUAUGUUUAUAUAAAAAUUUGUGCUUUGAAUUAAACAGAAAAAUGCAAUUUUUGUUUAAUGUGUAAACAAAGAAUACCAGUAAUACAAUUACACCUUUGUAUGAAUGUAUCUUGUUGACUGUUCAUCCUGUUUGUAAAACAUUACUGCCAAGAUGACACGAUCAAAGUACAAAAAAUAAAAAGUACAGGCAAAAAGUAAAAUAAUAAAACACUUCCAACUGGAUAGAA